AAUAUCCCCUUCCCUCCUCCCAACCAAACGACCUAUUACGAUCCCUCAAAUUUAUUGGUUUUCUUAUAAACGAAAGAAAUAACAGUAACAGUCAGCUCCACCGGCGUAUAUACUCGACGGCACCGCGGACUCAUUCAGCCUCACCGGUUCUCCUCAACGAUCAUCAAAAUUCAUCUUCAUCGGGUUUGAAUGGCGGCGAGUAACGACGAUGCUGUGAAAGAGGCGCGGAUAGUAGAUGCUCGGGCACAAAACAUUAGUCACAAUGUGAGAUGUACUGAAUGUGGGAGUCAAUCCAUUGAAGAUUCUCAAGCCGACAUUGCCAUUCUUCUUCGAAAGUUAAUCCGUGACGAAAUUCGUUCUGGAAAAAAUGACAAGGAAAUCUACAAAAAGCUUGAAGAUGAAUUUGGAGAGACUAUACUCUAUGCACCAAAGUUUGAUAUGCAGACAGCAGCUUUGUGGUUAUCACCGCUCUUAGUUGCUGGUGCGGCUGUUGGAGCAUGGGCUUACCAGAAGCAUAAACAAAAGACUAAUGUUCAUAUCAUGGCUCUGAACCUUGUUAGGGGUGUUCCAUUGACCCCAAGAGAGAAGGAAACAAUGCUUGAUAUUCUCACACCUCCUGCCUCACAAGGAUUUAAAUCACAAGAAGUUAAGACUUCCUUCUGGUGGAGGAGAUUGGGUGGUAAUUGAUCUCAUUGACCAUUCCGGCUGUGGCUUUAAUGUUUUAGGCAACUCUGUCAAUUUAGUUUGUAACUUUUGAUGUUAAUCCAUAAAUUUUCAAGCCUAGUAUUUAAAAAUAUGUGUCAGCACCCAAGCUUGGUGCAUAUGUGUACAUGAUAAGAACAAGUUCAUUUUGUAAUAAUACUAAUUUCACAGCAUAAUUUUCAUGCUAAUCCUUAAACUCUA